GGGGCUGGGAGAAUGGCGGCGGCGGCUCCGAGGUUCCAUCGGCUGCACCUGGUGACAAUGGGCGCGGCGCUGCUGCUGCUGCUGCUCGCGCUGUGCCUGCAGGCGGGGGCCGGGCAGCGGAAGAAGGAGAACCUGCUGGCGGAGAAGGUGGAGCAGCUGAUGGAAUGGAGCUCGAGACGUUCAGUUAUUCGAAUGAAUGGUGACAAGUUCCGACGCUUUGUGAAGGCCCCGCCUCGUAAUUACUCAGUGAUUGUGAUGUUCACUGCCCUUCAGCCCCAGAGACAGUGCUCAGUUUGCAGGCAGGCUAAUGAGGAGUACCAGGUGCUGGCGAACUCAUGGCGAUAUUCAUCUGCGUUUUCUAAUAAGCUCUUCUUCACUGUAGUGGAUUAUGAUGAAGGAGCAGAUGUAUUUCAACAGUUGAACAUGAACUCCGCCCCUACCUUCAUGCAUUUUCCACCAAAAGGCAAGCCCAAGAGAGCUGACACCUUUGACCUGCAGCGAAUCGGAUUUGCAGCUGAACAGCUUGCAAAGUGGAUAGCUGACAGAACUGAUGUGCAUAUUCGUGUCUUCAGACCUCCUAACUACUCGGGUACCAUUGCUCUGGCGCUCCUCGUUUCUCUAGUUGGUGGAUUAUUGUAUCUACGCAGGAAUAACCUUGAAUUCAUCUACAACAAGACUGGAUGGGCAAUGGCUGCCCUGUGUGUGGUGUUUGCUAUGACUUCUGGACAAAUGUGGAAUCAUAUUCGAGGCCCUCCGUAUGCCCAUAAGAACCCACAGAAUGGGCAAGUGAGCUACAUCCACGGGAGCAGCCAAGCUCAGUUUGUUGCAGAGUCACACAUCAUACUGCUGCUGAAUGCUGCGAUCACCAUGGGAAUGGUUCUUCUAAAUGAAGCUGCAACAUCCAAAGGCGACGUGGGCAAAAGAAGAAUCAUCUGCCUGGUGGGAUUAGGUUUGGUGGUGUUCUUCUUCAGUCUACUGCUGUCAAUAUUUCGCUCCAAAUAUCAUGGGUAUCCCUACAGCUUUUUGAUUAAGUAAUCUGCAGAUCACAAGAGAUGGCACGGUGAUGGCACGGAAUGAAGACAAUCCCUAUCUGAAGAAAACGUAGUUUAUGCUCGUGUUUGCUAGCAAAUUGUAAAAAAAAAAUUCAAGGUCUUUGUUGUGGAAUUGUAAAGGUGCAUUUAGAAGUCGCUCAGUACAUUUUUUUUAAUUUUUAGAAAUUAUUAGUUCAGUUUGCUGUGCAAGGUGGGGUCCAGAGAAACCAACAAUAACUUGUAUUUAUGUCGCACCUUACAUGCAAGAGAGCAUCUAGACAACAACAGAAUGAAUUAAAUCCCAUGGCUUUGUCUGAAUUCACUGGUCUACUACCACAUCAUAACCUGUUGUUUUGUUGAAGUAUUUCAUGUUCUCUAAUAUCUAAUGAAGCACUGAGCCUGUUUUGUGAAAAGGAGCCUGGGAUCAAUAUUAUGUGCAUGAUCUGGUUAUCAAUUUAAACUAAACGUGGCAUUGUCUACCUCCCAUGUAUAAAGUCUCAGUACAGCCCCAAACCAGGAUUUAACAAGAAAUACUAAUCCACUCUCUUUUGUACUAAGUUAGGAGGUUUUGGGAAUCUUUUUCAAGUUUUGAAAUCAUAUUUCGUUGAACAGCAUGUCACACAACUCCAGCAAUCCAAUUGGUGGCCUCACUCCAUAUUUCAAACCUUUAGAUUUGCAAUUUAAUAUAGCUAGCAAGUGAUCAAUGGUGCCAGGUACCACUUGUUACUUGCUAGCCAUGUCAUGUGCCUUCUAUUGUAAUGGGCAACAACCUUUUCCAUUUGUAGUUUAUUUACCUGCACGCUACACUAUCUUCCAUUAGUUCCAAGAUCUUAUUGUUUUACUUCCCAUUCAUACCUUCCUAUAGGGUCAUAGAAUGUGAUAAUACAAUACAAAAUUACAUUUGUAUAGCGCCUUUCACAUUGGGAGGACAUCUCACGGUGCUGGUUACAGCACAGGGCCAUCGUCCAUUGAAGUCUGCACUGGUGUUUAAAUCCACAUGAGAUACCUAAUAUAAUGCAGCUCUCAUGCUCUGUCUCCUUGCUGCUUAAUACAGUAAAACUCACAUAAAUCAUAUUAGUCAGGACCAUAACAUUUAAUAUGACUUACGUGAAGUCCGAGUUACAAACAAACUUGCAUAAAUCGGAUGAAAUCCAAUUUAAUCGAUAAAAUGCACUUUGCAUGCGUAAUUCAAUGCAGUACUUUGUCACUGCAGCCAGUAAGUGCACAUGUGGCUCCAUUGAAUUGCGGGAAAUGUAGUUUUGACUCAUUGUCGCAUGCGCACUUAUCCCAUUCAUGGGAAUCGCACUGAACCACAGGAAAUGAAGUUCUUUUGCGUAUGUGUCGACUGGUCAGGACGUCAUUUCUCCCGAUUCGAUGCAGCCAGUAAGUGUGGGAGUAAUGUAGGUUAGGGGAGCAGUGUUACGAGUUAGAGGAUGAUUAAUAUGAGCAGUGCAAAGCAAUCUAAGUAGUUUUGAUAGGAAACUGAAUGAAUGGGACUUGGCAUAGAUGAUUAUACGAUGUAUAAAAAUAAGACUUAUGCGAGUUUUACUGUUUUCCUCCUUUCCGCACAUCCCUUUUAAAAGGAUUUAUGACAUCAACUAGUUCAAAGUGUUUUUUUCCACCUGAAUCUAACUUGUAAUCUUACCAUCCUGCGUUCUUUAUAUUUUGCAACAAAUAUUUUUUGCCUAGGCUUACACGGUUUUCUCUGACUGAAAACUAGUCUCAUGAAUUUUCUAAUCUCAUCUCUCCCCAUUUUCUUUCCCAGUUUCCUUCGCUGAGAGCACGAUAGAAUAAUGCAGCUCAAUGUUACUGCAUUAAAACUGACUACUGAUAAGACACCUCAUUUUAUUCUAUUAGCUGCUCGGAAGCCCCCAGUAUCAGGAUUGUCUCACAUCCUGCUCCAAUUGGAUAUCCUUUUAUUCUGCUAAAUUUGUACAAUUUUUUUNAU